CCCGCACUGGCAGACUGGACUGGCUUCACUCAUCACUGACUUACUGUGUUCACGGAAGGAUUUGAAGUGUUUGGAAGACGCACAAUUUUAUGCAAACUAGUUAAAGAGCGGGAUUUAAUAAAAAUUGUGCAAGCAGUUUCCCGAAAUAAUCAAAGCGUCUAACAGUGGACCCCAGAUUUCUCACCGAGCUGAUAUAUUUCAUUCAGAAGACAGCUUUAUCUGCACAAAAUCGACAAUGUCGGACGAAAAGAAGGACUCGAAAACUGAGUCGGAACAUAUAAACCUCAAAGUUCUGGGACAGGACAGCGCAGUAGUGCAAUUUAAAAUAAAAAAACACACACCUCUACGAAAAUUGAUGAAUGCCUACUGUGAUCGAGUAGGCUUGGCGAUCGCUGCCGUGAGGUUUAGAUUCGAUGGCCAGCCAAUAAAUGAAUUAGACACACCGAGUUCGCUUGAGAUGGAAGAAGGCGACACCAUAGAGGUUUAUCAACAACAAACGGGCGGAUCGUGGUGAAAGUAAUAUUUCGUAAUGAGUGGUUUAAAAUGGACUGAGAGAAAAACAUCGUUUUUUCCUAAGAAUUUUAUUUUGUACUUUAAUCUACAAUCUAAAAUAGAGAAGAAGAAAAGCAAAAUCAAAGGCUCAUUAAGUCCUCGUAACUCUUUUUAUAAAAAAAAUCUCGUGACUUUAUCGAUUAAAUUUCAAAAGGGAAACGAAUUGAUAUUUUUUGUUUGUCAAUGUCUGUAUUGAUAUUUAUUUACAGUUAAAAAUUUCGACUUUUUUUUACUAUUUAAACUACGGUACGAGCCUUUGAUUUUUUUAUAAAGCAAGUCCGAGUUAAGUUAUAAUAAUAAGCAAAUUUUUAGUGAAGUGAAAUAAGCGUAGAUCCGAAUAUGACUAUUUUUAACAAUGGCACGAACUUUUAUGUAUCCUAAUGUAGAUCAUAAAUUAAAACACAAUCGAUUAAUUAGAAAUUUUAGUGUCCGGAUACUCAUUAAAAACAGAAGUACAAAAGUACUUUAGUGUAAAAAUGUCAAUAUUUUAAAGAGAAAAAAAUUAAUAUAAAGACCAGUUUAGCAGUGACUACGUGAAGGACCAAUUUAAUUUCUUAACUUAUUACUGGCCUUUCAAUUAAGUGGUCUUUCUGUAAUAUUGCCUUGUGCAUCUUUACUUUGAAAUCUACGAUGUAAUGAUUGAAACUUCAUUUAAUAAAUUUUCAUUUUUAAAUAA